UGUGAGAGGCUGCUGGCCAGUUUGUUUACCUUGGUGGAGGGAGGCAGAUAACUGUGGCCUCCAGGACCCUCCAGUACCCUCCAGGACCUGGCCUCCACCCUCCACACACACCCCGGGGACCUCUGUCAUGUGACGCCACACCUCACACCACUAUGUCCAAAGAGGAUGACGACGGCUGGAGGGAGAGACUUGGAAUAGACUUCCAAAUAGAGCUGUCGGACUCUGACAUCGAGGAGGAAGUGUCAAGCCCCAGCAAGGUCGUGGCCAAGAGGACCUCCUCCUCCAGUUUCAAAAGAAACAGUAGCACCAGUGAUGAAUUGGUUGCACAAGAAGAUGUCGAAAGACUUGAGAGCUUUGAUUCCUUCACACAGGAAGAGGAGGAGUUGGCACAUUACUUAAAAGAAUUUGGGAAAACCCCCCCACGCACUGCCCGACAAAGGCGUCAGAAGGAGAGGGAUGCGUAUUGUUCACAAGCCAAAGAAGCAGCAAAAACAAUAAAAGCAACUUUGAAACGUCGCAACACUGCGGAGAGAUUUCUUUCUCUCCCUGGCUUCUCGGAUCAUGUAAUACCUGAAAAUGCCCCUGAAAGAACACGACAACAGUAUCGAGAACGUAAGCGUUCUAUGGACCGAGUGCGUUCUCAAGACAGGGAGCAUAAACAGUCAACUUUAGAAAAUCUGACAAAUUUAAUGAACAAUCUCACGACCUCGGAUUCUGAUGAACGAUGUGAGAGUCUUCCGCCUUUGUCACCAGCAGUUAAGGUUACAACAUGCCUAAAUACUGUGGAUUGCUGUCAGACUGUUUCUGGUCACGUGGUUGAGUAUACUGUGGUGUCCACUCUUCGUUUAAAGGUUGAUUCAAGAUCACGGUACAUGAGUGUGUCUUGCCGAAAAUGUGAAGAUGGGAUUGAAUCUGAUCAAACUGAUAAACGUAAAAUCUCUACUGCGGAAUUACCUCAAGAUCGUGUUCAAUACUUCGCUCAUUUACAGAGUCUAGUCAAACCUGGCACUCAGGAAAUUGUAUUUAACCAGCGUCAGCAGAGCGAGGAAGAGGUGCUCUACCAACAGGAACUGUACGAGAUGCUAUGGUUGGAACUUCAAGCAUGGCAAGCUGGCUUAGAUUCCAACACUUUUGAUACCCAGUUGAUUUCCCAAAGACAUGAGGUUUAUGGUGUAAUACAGGAAGUUUUAAAUUUCAACUUUGACUUCAAUAAAAAAAAGAAACAUCUUGAAGAUGCUGAAGUCCAGUCUGAAAUGAAAAUAACCUCUGUUGAUGAACUGGUGAGUACAGGAGAUCUGAGGAUCGGGGGAGUUGCUGUACUGACUCAUGUGGCAGCUGAUGGCGUUGGUGCUAGUAGAGUGGCAGGGGAGGAAGAUGAUUGUAGUGGCUGUCUCUCCAUUUGGUGUAAGGGAUGUCUGGAGAAACAAACCGAGGGCCUUGUUCAAGUUGCUGCAGUGCUAAAGAAACUUGACUAUGUAGAGUCUCUCUUCCCAUCUACAAAGAAAUUAGCUCUGCAUUUUCCAGAAUGGGAACAGCCAGAAUUUGUAAAUAGAUACAAGGCUUUGUGUGUAUGGUACAAUACAAGUGUUCAGUUAAGAAUGAAAAUUGAGGUCCUCGGGAAGCUCCUUGGAAACAUGACCAAUACCCUCAUACCGUGGCCCACAUUUAGUACCUCCUUUACUGGUGCAAUAACUCCAACAUCCAGUUAUGACUCUGGAGCACCAUUAGCAACUCCAUAUGAGGAAUCGGUGCAAGAAACAGAAACGUGCAUUUCCAAGUCGGCAUCCUCUGUUCGAUUUGUCGUAGACUGUGAUAAGUCUGAUGCGAGCUCUAACCCAUCUGACUCAAAUAACUCGACGGACUCAGGACACACAACUACUAGCACCAACAGUGGCUUUCUGCUGCCUCCUGGCCAUUCAUCUGCUCCUCCAGCUGGUGGACUCCGUCGUUGCCUUAGUGAUAUCUUCAUGGAAGCCAAUCCUUACAGGAAGUAUGUUGAGAAACUUUUAAGAAAUAAAGGCAUGAAGAAGACUUUUGAUAAAGUGGCCGAGGUGAUCCGUGAUGUAAUGUCUCGUACUAUGUGCAUCCUGGAUGAACCUCACAGAACACAAAGGAAUGGAAAAUUACAAAGGCCCACCAGGUCACGUACAGGUGGCACCACUGACACCACAACAAAGUCUUCCAGCCCAAUCUCGCAUUUUGUCCUGACGUCUUGCAGGUAUGGAUCUGAUGUACCUUCAGUUGCAUUGGCUGUGACCUUGCAAGAGCUAAACAAAUAUGGCCCUUGGACUUCCAAAUUUGAUACUAUGAAGCUCCCUCCCUUUUAUUCAAUGUUCAUAUUCUUGGCUGCUGUUUCACUCCAAAUGAUGAGAGAGUGUCUUAAGCUGAGACUGGAACAAAUGCCUGAGAAACCUUCUAGACUUAGUAUUAAGGAACUUAUGAGAGAGUACAAAGAGGGUGUGAAGUUUGCUGUAUUGGUGAGGCAGAAGUAUUUGCGGUCAUGCCAAGCUCUUUUCAUUCACCUCACCCCAGAGCUGCGAGAUAACUUGGAACAAAGACAGAAUCAAGCCAUAGAAGAACUUGAUGCCAACAUUAAGAGAAUGUUAGAAGUGUAUUUAGAAUGGCUGGAUCAGUUUGUGUGUAUGUUGCACCGAGAACCUCAUGCAUCGAGUUUGCAGCGCAAUUUUCUCCAAGAAGAAUGGCGCUUUGUUCAAGCUACAUGUCCCCACGUUACUGAGGGAGACAGCUUGGCGGCAACACGUUUCUGUAACAUUGCAUGUCACAUGCUUUGUAGUGUUGGGGACUUUAUUGACACUGGAAUAGAUGAUCAGAUGGCAGCCAUGCAAGAUUCCACGUUGGAGAACCUUGAUGACUUGAGUGAAGAUGAAGAUAUGGAACAAGAUGAUAUUCAGAAAAAAAGACUUUUGCAGAGAUGCAGAGCAUUGCAGGUGCUGCUUGCAGAGACUCGUGAACGAUCAUUACGAGCGGCUGGACUGGCCAAAAUGCUGCGGAAGGACCUAGAAGUUGCUUCAGAAUUUUGCCUCUGUGGGGAACCACCAGCUGUGUUGGGCAGGCUGCGAGAAACUGGACACAUUCGUGUCAUAGCUCCCCAUAGUCUAAACCAUUUAAUAUUUGUACCAGGGCGCAUUAAAGACAAGAGAGAAUACAUAUGGCACUUACUGGACAUGCGGGUUGGUGGUAUAGGAGUCGAGCACGAAGAUGGUGAUGAACGGGGUUACCUGUAUAUGGUUUUGAUAAAAUGUGAUGAAUACGACACCUUAUCAAAGUUGUGGAAUGGAGAUAUCAUUGAGAUUGAGCCAACAGCUGACUGCACCAUUACGCUUUCAAGAGUUAUGGUGACAAGUUUGCUGCUGAUUGUAUCAACCGGCACAAUGUUAGUACCGGUGCGCCGAGAGUUCCAGCGAUCUAUGGGUGGUACUGUGGCCCUAAUACAUGAGCAGACUGCUCCUAACAAAGCUGUUACACAUUCUAUUGAUGAACUCAAGAAUGAAGCACUAGAACUUUGCGAGAGUCUCCUGAAGAACAUUAAGCAGGUGGAGAGCAUGACAGAUCUAGAGUUAGUCACCCCUAAUGUAGAAGAGACAGAGCGUCGUCAGCUCCGACUUGUUACUCGUGACGUUGUUCAUCAGUAUUAUAUGUUUGGAUUUGAGUAUCACAAAGAAGUUACGAGAUUAGUCACGGGUGAACACCGAGCUCGUGUUGCUCCACUGUUAGUCAGUCUGGCACGUAUGUGGAUGAAUUUUGUCCAGUUCCAUUAUUCACGCGGAAAAGGCAGUAGACCACGCUGGGCAAAUCCUGGAUUGGAGUUCAUUGUGUUUGUUUGUGAUCCGCAUAAUACAAAACAUUUAGAGGAAAGCAACUUUCAGCAACUUGUAAUGGAAAUUGAAAGCUGUCGUGAGUAUAUCAUUGGCACGGCUCCAGAUGUGAAACCACCAGGGACUCCUCUAACCCCAGUUCUGCCCAGACACUUCAGGUCUUCUUCCUCAUCAUCCUCAGUCCACAUACCACCUGAGAGAUCCUUUUCCACACAGUCCUCCAUGAGCGAUUAUUCUCCUGUAAUAAACCCAACGGAGAGUCCCUUCUUAAGAAGAAACACAAGACGCAGCCAGCAGAGUGCAGAAAAACCAGUUGACCAGAAAGAUGGCAAUAGUUCACAUGCUGGAGAAAAACCAAUAGAAAGGGUGCGAAGGAUAAUUGCUACAAUGGAUUUUGAAAUUGAAGAGUCCCUUCGUGACGAUAAAGUUAUUGGAAAAGUUUCCAAUACUCAUCGAGACAAGAUUCAUUUUAAGCCUCGGAGUGUUAGUUUCUCAUGGCAGAGAGGUUUCAAAAUUGGUGCUGGACGGUUUGGAAAAGUGUACACAGCAGUAAACAACAAUACAGGAGAUCUGAUGGCCAUGAAGGUCCUUCCCUUACAGCCCAACGAUCACCGUUCCAUACUACGUGUUGCUGAUGAGCUACGCAUCUUUGAGGGUAUUCAACACCCACAUCUCGUCCAAUGUUAUGGUGUUGAAAUCCACAAUGAUGAAAUGUUGAUGUUCAUGGAAUACUGUGAUGAAGGCACCCUUGAGAGUCUAGCUACAAGUACAGAAACUGGUCUUCCUGAGGAGAGUGUGCGGAAAUAUACUAGGCAGCUGUUGGAGGCAGUGAAUGCAUUACAUGAGAAGGGAAUUGUCCAUAGAGAUAUCAAAGGUGCAAAUAUCUUCCUUUCUGAAGAAGGAAAUACUUUAAAACUUGGAGAUUUUGGAUGUGCUGUCAGACUGCGUGGACAUCAGACAGAAAUAGGAGAACUGGCAGGAAUAGCUGGCACACAUGCUUACAUGGCCCCAGAAAUUUUCCAGUCGAGUGAAGGGCACGGUCGAGCGGCAGAUGUUUGGUCUGUCGGGUGUGUUGUUAUUGAGAUGGCAACUGGCAAAAGACCAUGGCCAGAGUAUGACAGCAGUGUGCAGAUAAUGUUCCGUGUUGGUAUGGGAGAAUCCCCGACCAUACCUAAACAACUCUCAGAAGAAGGUCAUGAGUUCCUAGCUGGGUGUUUUGUCCACGACCCAAAAUCUCGGUCAACAGUUGCACAGCUGCUCGACCACACAUUUGUAAAGGUGGAUACUGGAGAGGAAUGCUCAUCUCUCUCUCUCUUCUCCCAUACACCAUUUGUGCCUUAUAUGAAGCUUCUUUCAAAUACUUGAUUCAGUUUGGGGGUUGUAGCAAUAAUUCAAAUAUUGAUGUGAUAUAGAUGUCUCAGUGAAGAUACCUGGGGUAGCUGUAUGUUUGCAUACACAUUUAUUCUUACUCUUAACUUUAAAAACAUUUGGAAGAUUUAUUUUCCACAAGUCGGGUUUUACAUGUACAUAUUACAUGUAUAUAUUAUAUUACAGAAUUAGUAUUAUGGGGUAUACAUCGUAGUUCAUUUGGAGAGUAACUGCAAUUAUGGGUUUCCUUGUACUUGUAGCAUUAAGGACAAAUCUAAGACCUAUAGUACUGUGUACAGUACUAAUUAUAUUGUUUCAAACAAAUUUCAUAAACUGAAAAUAUGUAAGUGCAUUCAUAUUGUUCUAAUGAUAAUAUAGUACUUGACUAUGUAUAAUACUAUAGUUUUUAAAAUAAACUGAGUAAAACUGAAA